ACAGUGCCAUCAUUCGAAUUGAAGCAAUGGCACUCACAUUCCUUUCCCUAAAACUACCAGAAUGAAGCGAACAUCCGCCUUCCCUCUUCGCAGGGGGUCUACAUCCUCCGAAGACGAACCCGACUUCUUCGACCUCCCCGAAGAACCGCUCCUAGCGAUCGUGAAACGACAACUGCGACGCAUUCGAACCUGGGUUGUUUUCGCCGUUAUUCUCAUCCUAAUCCUCUACUACAGACGCGAACGACCGAAGCCGCCGCCGCUACCGCAUAUCCAAUACAACCUGGUCGAUUGGUCGCGCUAUGCUUACAGCCAGUAUGCGACAUCUAGUGCCUAUCUUUGCAACGCUGUGAUGGUUUUCGAGGCCUUGCAGCGGCUGGGGAGUCGCGCGGAUCGAGUGCUGUUUUAUCCAGAGAAUUGGGAUACGGAGAUUGCGGAUAGGGAUGAUAGGGAUAGUCAGUUGUUGGUGCUUGCCCGGGACACAUAUGGGGUGCAAUUGGUGCCGAUUGAUCUGGAUUUGAUCAAGGAGGGAUCAGGCUCCGGCGAGUCGUGGGAUAAGAGCGUCUCCAAAUUGCUCGCGUUCGGCGAGACGGAAUACAAACGGUUGAUCCAUCUUGAUUCCGACAUCACCGUUCUGCAGAACAUGGAUGAAUUGUUCUUUCUACCUCCUACCACCGUCGCCAUGCCCCGGGCGCAUUGGCUACUACCCGAGUCCAGACAGUUGUCGUCCUUGUUGAUUGUGAUCGAACCGUCAUACCGCGAAUUCAACGCUCUCAUGGAAACGUCCAAGGCAGCUAUGUUCGGUCAGGUUGAGACCAACGCAUCAGAUACAACCCUGUAUGACAUGGAACUACUGAACAACCGCUAUGGUGAUUCAGCCAUGGUGCUCCCCCAUCGCCAGUACGGCCUUCUCACAGGCGAAUUCCGUGCCGAGGACCACAAACGUUUCCUUGGAGAUGCGCAAGAAGAGUGGAACCCCGACAAAGUCUUGGCCGAAGCCAAACUGGUACACUUUUCUGAUUGGCCCAUGCCCAAGCCCUGGGUCAUGUGGCCGCAGAAGCUUCUCCCGGAAAUGUUGCCGAAGUGCAAGAACAACCCUGGCACACCUAACGAGAGCGGAUGUCGGGAUAGACAGAUUUGGAGGCAUCUUUAUGAUGACUUUCGACGGAGAAGAAGGGACGUUUGCAAGAUCCUGAGUUAUCCUGCGCCGGAUUGGCCCCCAGUGGAGAAUCCUGAAUAAUUGCUUCCUUAUAGUGUUGGGCGGCGCAUGGGGCGGCGUUUUAUUGUAUCAUAGAAUCUUGGCUGACUGUAUAUUCUAUAGACAAACUGUACAUUAUCAGAUAUGAAUUGACUAUCAGGUGACCUUGGUAGUGCUUAUCAUCCCGUGGUAACAGAUACGGAAUAAUAUACAUGAUGGAUAAUGAGAUCACCAAAGUAAAGCCCUAGCACGACAAAAUAUCGUCCACGACCUUUUCUUCGUGCUUUACCCACUCGAGCAUUCGGUUUGGGCCACCAAGCCCUCUCUAUCCCUACCUUGCUCUGCCCUACCUUGCCCACAGCAGCAACAAUGACCACCAUCCUCGAGCAAGCCCAGAUACAGAGCAACCCCGUCCUAGAGGCAGUGUACGCUCAACAAACAGCCAUGAUGACUGCUCAAAAGCCCGAAAAGAUGCGGAGCACCUCGACGCAAGUGGUCACCCGCAAGCAAAUCAAGAACAAGAACC